AGAAAUUCGAGAAGCAGAAAUGACGAAGCCUUCACUUAGUUCACUGUAAUACUCACUCUGCAUUCUCUGCUAGUACAUGAUGGCAGAGCCUCAGGAACAAGUCGUCACUGCACCUCAAGUAUUUGCAACUAUCGGCGACCAGGCAGAAUCAGGCGACUAUGACGAAAAUAAGGUCGUGGACGAAAUUGAGUCCAUGUGCAUGAAUUGCCACGAGAAUGGCAUGACAAAGCUGCUGCUCACUGUCAUUCCCUUCUUCAAAGAAGUCAUCUUGAUGUCCUUUGAGUGCCCGCAUUGUCACUUCAAAAACAGCGAGAUCCAAGCGGCAGGACAGAUCCAGGAGCGUGGAUCGCGAUAUUCACUUCGGGUGAUGAACAAGGAGGACAUGGACCGCCAAGUCGUCAAGUCAGAGUCAUGCGUUUGUCGCUUUGUUGAACUUGAUGUUGAGAUUCCAGCACAACGCGGUCAACUGACAACAGUCGAAGGCCUGCUUGGCAAUGUCCUCGAAGAUCUUGCCGUUGGCCAGGACGUACGCAAAACAGAGCAGCCGGAAGCAUAUGAAAAGAUCUCUGCGUUCUUGGAGAAAGGACGAGCCAUGCUCGAAGGUAAAGCGCUGCCUUUUACAGUCAUUGUGGAUGAUAUUGCGGGCAACUCAUGGAUUGAGCCAAAGCAGUCAGAUGCGCAACAUACAUGGAACAGGGUCGACUAUCUGCGCUCACCUGCACAAAAUGCAAAGCUAGGUUUGGGAAAUCCUGAAGCGCCUGAUGUGGAUGACAUUCAUCCAGAUGAAGUCCAUACCUUCCCUGCGUCAUGCCCUUCGUGUGCGCGUCCAUGCGAUACUCACAUGAAGCUUGUGGAUAUCCCACACUUCAAAGAGGUGGUCAUCAUGUCUACAGCCUGUGAUGGCUGUGGCUACAAAUCGAAUGAAGUCAAGACAGGUGGUGCCAUUCCGAAUGAAGGUCGUAAAAUCACCUUUCAAGUGGAAGAUGCGGAUGACUUGGCCCUUGAUAUCCUCAAGAGUGAGAGUUGCGCCAUGUCAUGUCCAGAGCUGUCGCUUGAUUUGCAUCCAGGAACACUCGGUGGUCGUUUCACAACGAUUGAGGGAUUAUUGGCACAAGUCUAUGAUGAACUCUAUGGCCGCGUCUACUCUGCUGGUAGUGACUCGCGGACGUCGGAUGAACGAACACGGUGGGAAGGGUUCUUGAAGAAGCUGACUAUGGCGCGAGAGGGUAAACUGCCCUUUACGCUGAUUUUGGAUGAUCCACUGGCGGCUUCUUACCUGCAGAACCCAUAUGCGCCUGAACCGAACCCACAGAUGACGGUCGAGACGUAUGAGCGGACAGAAGAGCAGAAUGAGGACUAUGGUCUGAAUGAUAUUCGGACGAGUGGAUAUGAAGCAGAUCACCAGGAGGAAUUGCUGGCACAACAGCGAGACCGUGUUGUGGAAGGAGGCGAGGAACCUGCGUAUCCCGAAGGUGCUCCUGCUGCUUGACAGUAUCUAUAGUGGAUGAUGAAGCAUACAUAUGGGAGUGAAGGUAGUCAAAGUAGUCUUGAUGCUGCUCGUUUGGAUAUUUGCGGC